GGGCGGGCCGCGCGGGCGCCACGUCCGCAGCCCGAGCCCAGAGCCCCAGACGCCGCUGCCGCCGCCGCCCCGGCCCCCUGGCCCCCAGGCCGAGCAGCGAGCACCACGAGCCUCCCGGGCUGCGGAGACCAUGAAUCAGACAGACAAAAACCAACAAGAAAUUCCUUCGUACCUAAUUGAUGAGCCACCAGAAGGCUCCAUGAAGGACCAUCCCCAGCAGCAGCCUGGCAUGUUGUCCCGUGUAACCGGUGGCAUCUUCAGUGUGACCAAGGGAGCCGUGGGUGCCACCAUCGGGGGCGUGGCCUGGAUCGGAGGGAAGAGUCUGGAGGUGACCAAAACAGCCGUGACCACGGUGCCCUCCAUGGGCAUUGGCUUGGUCAGAGGAGGGGUGUCGGCCGUGGCCGGCGGGGUCACAGCUGUUGGCUCUGCAGUGGUGAACAAAGUGCCCUUAACAGGAAAGAAGAAGGACAAGUCUGACUGAGGGAGAGCAGAGCGAUGGAGAAGGUGACUCUGGCUCUCUGCGAGCAGCACCGCGAUGCCGGUGGCUCUGGGACUGCGACGGAGCCACCUCCCGGGAACGCUUCUCUUGUCACGUGCUGUGUGGGAAGUGUCGGGGACUGACUUUGAUCUGAAUCGAGCAGGUGCCAAGACUCUCAGACAGUUUGUGAAGGUUCCUCAGACUUUGAUUCCAGAUUUUUAAUUGGUGAAAUGUUACACUCGUUCAGUAGUAACUGAAGAAUAGCAAUUUGACCCGUUAAACAGGAGGAGCUCAUUUCAAGAAACUUAAGGACAUUCAUUAUCCCUGGAGGCAUCUGUCGUUUGUGAUUGGAUGGCUCGAAUAACCCGACCUGUUGAGUGGACAUUGGAAGAAUGAAGAUGCAGAAUUAUAUGACUCACCCAAAUGACUGAGACAAUCAUGUUCAAGUGGUGUGCCAUCACUGUUGACAUCACGGAUCUGAUAUGGAGGGACUUGGUAACUGCUAAUGGAAUGAAGGUUUUCUACAAAAGGUGAUGGGAAAGAGAACUCAAAAUGAAUAGAUGAGGAAAAGCACUAUGAGCUGCAAAAGAUGAAAUGUUUUAUAAAGACAUAAGAAAAUAAAGAGAAUUUCAAAAACA